AGUGGCAUCCCAAAAUCGUAAUUAUGUCUGAAAACAAAGGGCAUACCCUUCAUCACCAAUACUAUAUAUCACCUUCCUUCACCAUCACUCACUCCUCCACACAAACAACUUAACUACUUUCUCUCUCUACAAAAGUACACCCAACAACGAACAACAACAACCCGCCGGAAAAAUGUCGACGACGUGCAGCAAAAUCCGCCACAUUGUACGGAUCCGCCAGAUGCUGCGGCGGUGGCGCAAGAAGGCUGCGGCGGCGGCGCGUCAGGCCCCGUCCGACGUGCCGGCGGGGCACGUGGCGGUGGCGGUGGGAUCGAGCCGGCGGCGGUUCGUGGUACGGGCGGCGCACCUGAACCACCCGGUGUUUAAGAAACUGUUGGUCCAGGCGGAGGAGGAGUACGGGUUUGCUAAUACGGGCCCGUUGGCUAUCCCCUGCGAGGAGUCUCUCUUUGAGGAGAUUCUCCGGUACCUGACCCGACCCGAAUCCGACCCGACCCGGUUCAUGAUGAGCUUUGAGGACUUUCAGAGAUGCUCCCACGUCGGAAUAUUCCGGGGCAACCUCGAGUACUGGGCGGAUUCUCGCCCGCUUCUGCAUGGUGGUUCCGAUAAACCCAUUUGGUGAUCGGAGCCCCGGCGCUCGGAUAUACUACUACUUCGAUUUUUGACCCGGGUUGACUCGUUCGAGUUGCAUUCAGAAUGCUUGCUGGCGAACCCGGUUCAAUUUCCAGAGGUGGGUUUUUUUUUUGGAUUAUUUGGGUAAUUUUUGUACGUAAGAUUAAAUGAUUUGGAAUGGGGGUGGUGAGUUAAAAUGACGGAGAUGGCAAGUAGGUGGGCGAGUCGCCGCCGAGUCGUCCCGGGUUGGAAUCGGAGUGGAUCGGAAGUCUAAACAAAUGAUCAUUAAUUCAUUAUAUUAUUACAUAUAUAUGUAUACACUAAUUAAUGAUUUGACGAUGAGGUCACCACUUGUAACUGAAAUGGCAAUAUUUAAUUAUAUUGAUUCAAUUUUUUUUAUGGGAAAUUGUAAAUCGG